AAAAGCAGCAGAAAGUCAGAAGGAACCAGAAGAAAAAAUCAACCAACGACACAAAACACAGCAAGCCAAAGUGUUUUUGCUCGAAUUUUUCACAUGUAUAUGCUACGAAACGUAUAGUUUAUGGGUUUAGUUCGAUAGAAGUCGUAAAGAAAUCAACAUCAUCACAAAACAAUACUAAUAGUAAUAAAAUAAUAGCCAUAAAAAAUUAGCAAAAGAACAAAAUGCAAUUGAAACGGUCAUAAAAAGGCAAACUUUUGUAGACCACAAAUCGGGGAAUAAAUAUCAAACUAAUAAAAUUAGACGACGGUCUCGGCAAAAUGGUCAAAAAAUGGUUUUCGAAAUAGUGAUAAUGUCAUAAGCUGGCUGGCUUAUAAUUUGUGAAUGAAUAUUUUCCUUUCUAUAAACUAUUGUAUGGAACCUCCAAACUCUGUAACCUCGUAAAUAACAUAGUUUUGGGCCACAAUAGGAAAAAAUAACGUAGGAGUUUAAAAACAAAUUCCAAUUACAAAGGGACUGACAAUAAGAAAAAAGGGCAUACAAGGGCUGUUAGAAGAGCAGCCAUAGGAAAACACAAGUCACAAGUGGUGGCUGGAUGGCUGGCUGCUGAUGAUGAUGAAUUCGGUAUUUAGGGGAAGGCACACUCCGGCAUCAGUUUUACAUUGACAAGAGCAACAACAAAAACAAUUACAGCUACCAGUGCAUGUACGAAGUGCGAAGCAGCAGCAGCGGCAGCAAUACCAACCAAACAACCAACAAAUAUCGCACACACGCACACAUUCAUAGGCAGGCUGGCAGCCAUAGAAGACGGCAGCAGCCAUCAUCAAUAACAAACAGCGUCCUCCGUAUCGCCAUUGCCGGAUCAUCAUCAAUGCUUAUAUCGUUCGGUAGACUAAUACUACUGCUACGCGGUCGUCAACACAACACAUCAUAGACAGGCAGUCAGUCAGUCAUAAAAAUAAUCAUAACAAUAAUCGUAAAAACUGAAAUUUAUUCGUAUGUUUACAGUCCAUCCAAACAAAACGGUAGCGCGUUGGUAGACAUAAUCAAGGCAUUAGAUACCAACUACCAACAACAAAAACAAAAGAACUUACAAUGUACUAACUGCUGCCACAGAUAAAAAUUGGACAAAAAAAAACAACUAUAAUUCAAAGAAUGAUACAAAAAAUCAGCAGCAGCAACAACAAUCUAAACAUAAGGCAAAUACAAGGCCGGUAGAUGAAUGGCAAUAAAAACAAAGACCAAAAACAAAAAUUAAUAAAUUACUUAAACACCUGAAGAGGAGCGAAGCAACAACAAUUAAAAACAUCCAUUCAAAACAAACAAAAAAGAAGGCAUAGUUGUGGAAGACCACAUAAAAAUAAAUCAUUAAGGAAUAAUUAAUUAAAUACUAAAAAACCAACACGAAAAAAUAAUAAACAAACAAAAUUAGUGCAAUAAACAAAAAAUAAAAAAGAAUCAUACAGUGCCAAUUAUCAAAUUUUGAAAAAAGCAAAUUGAAACAUUGAAAUUGGUUAUAAAACUUUAUGUAAUAGAAAACAAAACGCAACACCCCCUCUCUUAUUAUAAUUAAUGCCAAAAGUAUUUUAAAAAUAAAGAAAAAAGAAACAACAACAACCAUAAAAGAAAUCAUAGUUAAUCUUUCUAGUCUCAUCAUUAAUGAAAUUAGUAAUAAUUUAAAAUUUAAUUUAAAUAAAUUAAUUUGUAUUACAAAAUUAAAAAAAAAAAAACAAAAAUAUUUCAAUAUUAAAUAAUAAAUCUGUUACCACUGUCAAUCCAUUGUCAUCUGCUUGUGCAACGAAGAAAAAAAAACUAGUGCAUCAUAACUUUCGAAACAUUUUUUAUUGUGUAUGUGCAAAUUCUAUGAAUGAGGAGCAAGCAAGCAAGAUAAAAGAGCAAUCUUUGUGUGUUUUUUUGCAUUUCUAACAAAACAACGAGGAAAACGACAUUUCAUUGGAGUCCUUGGGGUGGAGCUGUAUUUCAUUUUCUACUAGCAAAGGAUUAAAUAAUCAUUCUGUCGGGGCGAAAUUUGGCGUGAAUAAAAAGGUAAUUCAAGACUCUGGAUUAUUGUGAUAAAACGCUUUCGAAAUAAUAUUACAGUUUCCCAUUUGACCUCUUUUGUGGAUUAAUCAAGGAUUUUUUCUUGCAAAAUUGUGUGAAACUUUUAUUCCUGUUACAAACAAAAAAGAGUUUCACAAUCAAGACACCUCUUUUUGGAUAAACUAUAUCACUGAAAAGCCUGAACGUAUAAAAAGUAAUUUUGGAAACUUUUUUGCUGCCCCGCCUCAAAAUAACUAUACUUAGUUAAAUUUUUCUACAAACUACAAAUUGCUGCUGACUAUUAUAUUUGUUUUCCUGGGAGAAUUUCAUACUAUCCAAAUCAUCAUAUACAAGGACUAGACAAAGCCGAGCAACUGAAAGGAACAUCGGAUAAAACGUAAUCAUUUUUAUACCUCAACACUUUUAAAUUGUAAAUUUUUGUACUUAAGUGUUAACAAUAAGAUUUACACAAGCCACUGAGAGAAAAAAAAAAUAUUUAAAACAAAAUCAACAUCAUAUAUUAUAUUUUAAAUAUAAGUUGUAUAGACAAGAAAACAUAACAAAAACAAUUAGCUUCAAGCAACAUUUCAAACUCCUAGUUUGUAAAUUCUUGUGUAAACAAAAACCACCCGGAACAAUAACUAAAUAAAGUAAAUUUGCUUUCUAGCAAAAGAAGUCAUUAGAUCGUAAGAUUCACCAAAAAAACAACCAACACCUGCACAACACCAACUCCCUCUCGCGUACACAGCAACAGAACUCCAAGCUUCAAGAUGACUAUGAGUACAAAUAACUGUGAAAGUAUGACGUCAUACUUUACAAACAGCUAUAUGGGUGCCGACAUGCACCAUGGUCACUAUCCGGGUAACGGUGUUGCCGAUCUCGAUGCCCAACAGAUGCAUCACUACAGUCAGACACCAAAUCAUCAGGGCAAUAUGCCUUAUCCACGUUUCCCGCCUUAUGAUCGUAUGCCCUACUACAAUGGCCAGGGUAUGGACCAACAUGGUGUCUAUUCCCGACCCGACAGUCCCUCAAGUCAGGUGGGUGGCUGUGUGCCACCAUCGCAGGCGAAUGGUGCACAAAUGGUUCCACAACAACAGGGUCCACCGCAACAACAACCGCUAAACGAUGCCCACCAACAACAUCAUCCGCAGGUGACGCAACAACAGGUAACACAGCAACAAGUACCGGCGCAUCAACAACAUCCUCAACAGCAGCAGCAACAACAUCAACCUGUCGUCUAUGCUAGCUGUAAACUGCAAGCGGCUGUCGGCGGUUUGGGUAUGGUACAUGAGGGCGGUUCUCCACCGUUGGCGGAUCAAAUGGUUGGCGGUCAUCAUAUGAAUCCUCAAAUGGCCAUGCAGCAUCAUAUGCAGCAUUCACAGGCUCAGUUGGGUUACAAUGAUGUCGUAGUACCCGAUGUUACGGAGUUGGGUUACAAUGAUGUCGGAGUACCCGAUGUUACGGAGGUUCAUCAAAAUCAUCACAACAUGGGCAUGUAUGGUCAACAACAAACCGGCGUACCCCAAGUUGGCGGACCACCUCAGGGCAUGAUGCACCAGGGUCAAGGACCACCACAAAUGCACCAAGGACACCCCGGCCAGCAUACACCACCAUCACAAAAUCCAAAUUCACAACCAUCAGGGAUGCCUUCGCCUCUGUAUCCCUGGAUGCGAAGUCAAUUUGAACGCAAACGUGGCCGUCAAACCUAUACUCGCUAUCAAACUCUGGAACUGGAGAAAGAAUUUCAUUUCAAUCGCUAUUUGACACGUAGAAGACGUAUCGAAAUUGCCCAUGCCUUGUGUUUGACAGAAAGACAAAUAAAAAUCUGGUUCCAAAAUCGCCGCAUGAAAUGGAAAAAGGAAAACAAGACCAAGGGUGAACCCGGAUCCGGUGGCGAAGGUGAUGAGAUUACACCACCAAAUAGUCCACAAUAAAAAUUAAAAAUGUAAUUACACAAAAAAAAAAAAA